CAGUCAGUACCUGGUUGGAGCGUGUGUAGGGAGGACGCGUGUUACUUGUCGCUCCCUUUUCCGCUGAGUUCUAUGGAAUUUUUUCUUCUGCAUGAAGAGUCUGAGUUCAGGAGCCAUCAUGUUAUCACGAACACAGAGGAUGUGACCAUGACGAGCGAGGGAGUGAGCGCGUCCCCUCCGCGCGAUGGCGUCGGGCACGGCACUCUCCAGGUGACCAUCAGCGAGCCCCUCAGCCCCCUCAAGCCCCUCCGGAAGAAGGACUCGGGCUCCCCUGAGCUGAGGAGCAGCAGUCCCCUGGGCCUGCACAAGCCCGGCAAGAAGGACCGAGUCGGGGGCUCCUUCGCCAAGGCCUUCAGGAAGGUCUUCCGGAGCCGCACGCCUUCCCCGAGCACCGAAGACCGGGAGGAGGACGGCGGCUCGGAGGCGGGAGAGGAGCUCAAGUGCGACCUGUCGAGCGACUCGGACGGCCAUGACAGCCACCGCCUCCUGCUGCGGUCCUCGCGGGGAACCGAGAGCCAGGACUCCGUGGAGAGGCACGACCUGGCCGGCAUGCUGCUCAACAGCCAUGCCCUCACGACCUCCAAUGAGGAGUUCAUGUGCGAGUCGCCCAAGGAAUUUCUGUCGGUGAACAGCCCGGGCAUGGGGAAGUCCCAGACGUAUUCUGUGCUGUCGGAGGCGCUGCACCAUGCCUUCGUGGAGGGCAUGAUAUGCACCGGCACGGAGGACAUCAGCAUGGUGACCUCCAGCGAAGAGCUGCAGGGCCAGGGGAGCAAGAGCGAAAACGACACGGAGCACAGUCGCUCCAUCGACUACUCCUUCUCCUCCACGAAGACGUGCAGCUACAUUUCCUCCGAGGAAUACGACGUGCACAGGAGGGAUUCCGAGGCGCCCCUGACCAAGCGCUCCCUGCUGGUGCCCUCGGUGUCCCUCCGCUCGAGCAGCUACUCGGACCACUCCGACGGGGGCACCGACGACGACAGCAGCUCGCAGCACAGUCGGGACGAGAGACAGGACUCGGCCUCGCUGCCCCACACCGACCACAAGCUCUUCUUCGGCCAUUUCUUCUCGUCUUCGCGCCGCUCCUCCAUGGUGCCUCACGCGGAGGAGCCCAAGGCGGAGGGCGGCGGCCCGCACCCGGCGAAGCACAAAGACCACCCCGCGGGGAACCCUGGCGAGCACGGCAAGAGCCACAAGACGCUGGGGGACACUCUCAGCAAAGUUGCCGAAUAUUUGCAGCGAGGAGGUUCGAGAUUGGCCGAGCAGCAACGUCGCCUCAAGAGUCAGAUAUGGAGUUCCGUGGUUACUAUCGUCCUGGUUGAAGGCAAGGAGCUCCUGCCCAUGGAUCCCGACGGCACUUCGGAUCCCUAUGUGAAGUUCAGGCUUGGCAAUGAGAAAUACAAGAGCAAGGUGGAGAUGCACACGCUAACUCCGAAGUGGCUGGAGCAAUUUGAUUUCCACCUUUUUGAGGAUCAGAGCCAGCUCUUGGAACUGACUGUGUGGGAUAAAGAUGUUCGGAGUAAAGAUGAUUUCAUGGGAAGAUGUACACUGGACUUGACACAGUACGAGCGCGAGAAGACCCACCACAUUUGGGCGGAGUUAGAGAAGGGAGCCGGGUCCAUAUUCCUCCUCCUCACAAUUUCUGGAACGACUUCUUCUGAAACCAUAUCAGACCUUCAUUCAUACCAGGAGAAUCCCAGAGAAUUAGAUAAUGUUUCCAAGAGAUAUGCCUUAACAAGAUCUCUUCACAACCUGAAAGACAUUGGCCACCUGCGGGUCAAAGUAUAUCGAGCGCAGGGCUUGGCAGCAGCAGACAUAGGCGGCAAAAGUGACCCAUUUUGUGUCUUGGAACUUUGCAAUGCCAGACUUCAGACACAGACUGAGUACAAGACACUGUCUCCCACAUGGAAUAAGAUUUUCACCUUCAAUGUUAAGGAUAUCCAUAAUGUUUUGGAUGUCACAGUCUAUGAUGAAGACAGAGACCACAAGGUAGAGUUUCUAGGGAAAGUCGUCGUUCCUUUACUUCGAAUGAAGAAUGGCGAGAAGAAAUGGUAUCCGCUGAAGGAUAAAAAGUUGCGUGCUCGUGCAAAGGGGAAUAAUCCAGAAAUUCUGCUAGAGUGUUCUGUUGAAUGGAAUCCAAUCCGUGCUGCCAUCCGAACUUUCACUCCAAGAGAGGAGAAGUACAUGCAGACUGAACAGAAAUUCAAGCGCCAAGUAUUUAUCAAAAAUGUCAAUCGCCUUAAGUCUUCCAUCAUGGAUUUCUAUGAGUUAGGGAAAUUUAUCAAAUCAUGCUGGGAGUGGGAAUCACCUGUUCGGAGCAUCAUAGCUUUCAUAUUAUUCAUGGUCAUAACAUACUACUUCGAGGUCUACAUGUUGCCAAUCCUACUGCUUAUGCUCUUCCUCAGAAACUACAUUGUAAUCUCAAUAGUUGGUAGUAUGCACCGAGAAGAAGAGAGUGAACUGUCUGGAGAUGAGGAGGAAGUUGAUGAUGAUGAUAAGGAUAAGCAUGACACAUCGAUUAUCACCCUUUUCAUAUAUACCUGGCUGUUUUUCCAGAAUAUGAGCGUAGAGGUAAGAAAAACAGAGAGUCGUAAGGAAUGUGGAAUUAAUGCAUCCUCUAAUGACCUCAAAAGUAAGGAGGAGAAGAAAACUCUCAAGGAAAGAUUGCAAGUUAUACAAGAGGUUACUGCAACAGUUCAAAAUGCCAUAGGUUAUAUUGCUUCCAUCUUCGAAAGCUGCAAAAACACAUUCAACUUUUCGGUGCCAUUCCUGUCAUGGUUGCUGAUCAUGGUGUUGAUGGUGGGCUCAGUAGUUCUCUACUAUAUUCCUGUUCGUUACCUAGUUAUGAUGUGGGGCGUCAACAAGUUUUCUCGCAAACUGUUAAGGCCUCACUCUAUGGUUAACAACGAGCUUUUAGACUUCCUCUCUAGAGUGCCAGAUGAUGAGUUAUUGCGGGAUUGCCGUGAGUUACGCCCAAUACCUCAAAGUCACGACGAGAAGAGAAGAGACCAGAGGAAAAAGAAGGUGGCGUAGUUCCCUGUAUCAGGGACAGAGGAUAUAUAAAAUACUUUUUUUUUUUUUCCAGGAAAGUAAGAAGUUGUGGUGUCUCUUUACCACAGAGAUGCUGGUUUUCUCUCAGAGUAAAAAAAAUAAUCAAAUAAGAUGAUUGAAAGCAGUGACAAUUCCUUUGAAUUUAGAGACCCUUUAAAUAUCUAGGACACUGUUCAAAAUAUCAUUACAUACUAGAUAGAGCAAAUGUGAGAGAUUUUAAAAAAUCAAAUUAGUCGUGGCAGUAGCUGAAUCAUGUAGGGAAAGCAUUUAAUCACAGCAUCAUCAUGUUGAGACAUAGAGCUGGAAUAUUUCCAGAGCAACUGCCAGAUCUGUUAGAAAAACUAGGUCUUUUUUCAAGAAUUACAGCUAUUGUGUACAAGAGAAUUUCUAGGCUAGAAUCCAAACAUUCUUAUAGAAUCUGUUGUCAUCAGCAUGAAAAGAAUCCAAGGCAUGUGCAUUUGUAUGAUUGUAUUUAAACUGUUGUUGUUGUUGUUGUUGAGAGUCUUUCAUACAUCUUUGUAUUGCCAUUUUCGUAAAAGUUUUUGCAGAGAUUUGUAGGAAAUAAUUUUACAGUGACAAUUGAAUGAUACUUAAUUGUGAAGAAAACUAUUGACUGAUUUCCUCUCAACUUAUGUAUUUUCAGUGUCUGCAUAAUAUGCAUAUCUUGUUAUUCAAAUUUCAUGAAUAAUAUAUCAACUUUAAGCAUGAUAAGCUGCAUAAGUCCCAUAUGAAGUAUACCUUGGAUUUCUCUCUCUAGUUUAAAACAUGUUGCCAGGUACAUGGGAACUAGUCUGUAAAUAAGCCAUUUGUAAAGAUUUUAGAAGUAGAUUUCAUUACAUUUAAUUUUUUGUUCUCAUUUUUUUAAAGAGGAUGAGUAAGAAGUAUCAUUUUUAUACAUUUUGAGGGCUUGAAAUUACCCCAAUGGUGUCCCUCUCUCCUAAGAUAAAUUCUGACAAAUAAUUAAUCCCCGCAAAUCAACUCUUGAAACUGUAUUAAUUAUUAUUACAGGUAGAUGUGAGGGUGGCUCAUAUGUAUGUAAAUGUCAGACAUAAAAAUACAAAUUUACACAUGCACAAAAAAAGGAUUUUUGGUGAUUCUACAUAGAAGCAGAGCACAUUUCACUGACUUGUUGAAUCUGCCUGUUUUGAUUACUAUAUAUUUUAUGUAUAUAUGUAUACACUUUUGCCCCCAAGUGGUGCUCUUAUAUUAUUCACAUUCCUAGCCAUUGAUCAUAUUUUGUUUUGUCAAUAAAUGUGUUGCCCUGAUUUUGUAUCCAAAUUGCUUACACUAAUUAUCAUCCAGACAUCCAAACAAUUUGAGAGUUAAGAGCUUCUGUCUCGUGCAGUGUCCUUGUGCAGCAAAGAUUUACUACAUAUUUCCUCCUGUUUUAAAAGAAAGUUCUGUAUGUAUGGCAUAAUUAAUGCACAGAUAUGCACAGCGUAUACCCAAGAAGUUUUGGAUGGUGAUGUGGAAUUACGAAUAUUAGCUCAUGGUCUGUUAAUACCUAAUGGUGUCUGAUAGGUUACACACCUGGAAAAGGACAUUUGACUUUGGUUUUACAAUAAAUUGGACACUUGGCCAACACAAAUGGCAAAUAAAUCUAAUCACCAGUAUUUUAUCUUGUAAACUAUUGUUUAGGUAUAAGGAAUACCAUGUGAUUGAACAAAUAGGGUAUAACAAAGAAUAAAAGAGCACAGUUGCAUCCAAAUACAGCAUUUACAUGUUAGUGUAUUUGUUUGACUGAUCUAGUCAGUGUAAAAUAUUAUUUUCAUACUACAGUGUGGUUUAAGUUACAGUAUUUAUAGUCACUUUCCUAUGGCACUGCUUUUAUCGAAGCUGGGUUUAGUGUACUAUUGAUUGAAAACCGAGUUGGAUCAAAGAUAUCUUGAGUAUCAUAUCCAGCAUCAGAAAUCUUGUUAGUAACUCUGGUGAGGGGAUUGCGUGUUAUAGCAUAAUCUUUUUUUUUAUAAUAAAAUUUCAGUGUUGUCAGUUUGACAUAUUUACCUGUGAUACACAAGGUUGUUAGGGCUUCUGGUACAUUUCUUUCCACAUUUAUCAGUAAAAUAUAAAUCUCUCAGCAAACUUUAAAAUUCAGUUUUCUAUUGUUUAAAUGAAAGCCCAUUAUUGACCAAGAAAAAUAUGAAAUAAGUGAUAAGUUUCCAGUUACAAACUCUUAAAUUUCUUGCCCAAGGAAAAUAUACUUGUGUCUGUGAUUAGUAACGAGUAAUCUCCUACCUUUUAUAGCUAGAAAAUUGAUUGCAUAAAGAUGGUUAAUAUUUUCACUUUCACCUAGUACAUUCAGGUAAAAAAAUGGUCCUAUGUUUGGUAAAAUGCAUUAUUAACUCUUUAAAGAAAGAUUUAAGGAGAUUCCGUUUGUAACAUGAAAUAAUAUUGUUGGUUUGAUCUGAUAUUUCUGUUAGAAUUUCUCAAUAUCUGUAUGGAACUUUUUCAUUUGUACAUGAUAUAUAUAUAUAUCUAUUCUGCCAAAUAAUUAGGUGUGAGAGUUUAUUUUCAGAGUUAAAAUGAAAGAAAAAGGCAUGAAAUGUAAGGGUCAGUCUACUUCUGCAGUAGGAGCUUGUGAUUUGUGAAGAGAAGAGAAAAGGUGAUAUGAUUCAUGUAAUGGUGGCAGUAUUGUAUAAUAAAGUGAAGGAUUAUAACUGUGGCAUUAAAUUAAAUUAUAUGUUUUUUGUACACUCUCCAUGCUUAACAAAAAUAUCUGCAUAACGUGAUAUAGUAAAAACCGUAAACUGAUAUGAAGUCCUGGUGGAAAAAGUAUUCAAUGAGAAAAAGCAAAUUGUAAAUUCAGUAACUAAUGCUCUUCCUACUUAUUAAAUUGCCAUAGGGUUAGAAAUUUUAUCAAUAUAUGUACAAGCAUUUGGAAGGCCUGAGGUACUUCUUUAAAAAUGCUAUGUCUCUAUAUGGGUAUCAUAUUCCAACAAUUCUAUAAUACAGUCAGGCCCUCUGUUUUCUCUUUCCCUUCCUUAGUAUCCAUGGGCUUGUGAGCUUCAUAAAAUAAAAAAAAGUAAAAAAAAAUACGCAAAAGUUGAAAAAAAGUAAAUAAAUAAAUUGACCACCAUAGACUUGCUCUAAAAAGUGUCCUAAAACGUCUCUUGGGAGGCUGACAUACAAAUCUCUUUUGCAAACUAUUGAGAAGUAUUGAAGUGCAACUAACAACCCAUGGAUUACUCUCGUGCAUGACUUCCUCCACUGUGUUGUCCUCACUCCAUCCAUGCGGUGAUAUGAUACGUGUUUGUCUGUUUGUCAACACCGAUACCAAUUGGUGCCACUGAUAAUAAACAGUUGUUUCAUGUUCUAUUUGAUUAUCUUAAACUUUAAAUAAAUAUCUUUUAUAUG